GUUGGAUGGCAGACUGGCGAUGCUGUUGUCGAUACGCAUGUUCGUUUCUUGACAUUGAAAGCUGCGGCGUCGUCUCGUGCUCAGCAAAUCGCCCAAGGUUGCUUCCAUGCAGCCUCUUCACUGUCACGUUGUGCCUGCAAAGUGCGCACCGCAUUUACGCUUCGACCAGGUCGCGAGCCUACCUCCGCGGACGCCGGUGGCCAUCCGUCCGUAUAAAAGGGCAAGCCAAGCGUCCACAUCCUCCUCAGAGCCCUAUGUCGAACGUCACCAACCCAGGGCACGCGACCAUCGCCGGCGGAACUGUGUACUACCUCUACGCAGCCCCGACGGCCAAAGCCGACCUCAAGCACGAGCUCCAGGUGCUCCAGACUUUCCUCGCGCAGUGGAAUGCGGAUGCUGGGGAUUAUCAGAACCCACCGGUCCUCCCGUCCGCUACGAACGCUCCUCCCCCGGCGACUCGUCUUCUCAUAACCGCCGCCAACCACAAGUCCACGCACGCGAGCUCGCGCAACCAGCCAAAGCACCUCAGCGCCUACGUCUGCACGGACGCGGGCUGGGCGCUCAGCCCGCACGAGUACGGCGCGGUCGUGCACGUGUUCGCGAACAACGAGGACCCGGCGCAGGGCUACCACGAGUACUUCAUGUACUCGAAGAAGAGGCAGAAGAUCAACGCGGCGAGCAUCAAGGCGGCGCUCGCGCAGGCGGAGGCGAAUGAUUUUGGCACGCUGGGGCAGGGGGAUCUGGCUUGAGGGGUUUGGGUGAGCGAGAAGUCAGACUGCGGCUGGGUAGGGAAGAACAAGUGUAAUUGUAAUGCUCGACGGAAUCGCGCCGUAUGUUGAGUUCGCUGACUACCAAAACCGUCCGAUCAGUGAGCGU